GGCUUAGUUAUAGUCGUAAUCCGUCGCCGACCGUGUGGAAGUGAGCGAGUUUGAAAUUUUAAAAUUCACGCAGUUUCCGAGCCUAUCCCCGCGGUUUAGAUUUUUACCUGGUUUUCUCUUUUGUGAGCUUAGGAUCUACAAGCACCAUGCCGGCCAGGAACAAGGAGCAGGAAAAAGAGGUUAUCGAGUGGAUUGAGGCUGUGAUUGGGGAGAAACUUCCGAACCAGCCGUAUGAAGACGUUCUUCGCGAUGGGGUGGUUCUCUGCAACCUCAUCAACAAAAUCGCACCCGGUUCCGUUAAGAAAAUUCAAACCAAAGGUACCAACUUCCAGCUCAUGGAAAACAUUCAGAGAUUCCAAGCAGCACUGAAGAAUUAUGGCGUUCCAGAGGAAGAAAUUUUCCAGACCGCUGACUUAUUCGAGCGGCGGAACAUACCGCAAGUUACUCUGUGCCUUUACGCGUUGGGGAGACUGACACAGAAACACCCCGAGUACACAGGACCCAGGUUGGGACCAAAGAUGGCCGACAAGAACGAACGCACUUUCACAGAGGAACAACUGAGAGCGUCUGAGGGCCACCUCAACUUACAGAUGGGAUUCAACAAAGGAGCAUCACAGGCCGGAGUGGGAUCUUUCGGCAACACCCGACAUAUGUAAUUGAAUAGAGUGCGAUGCAAUAAGAAAAAAUAACGCUUUGCAGGGUGGAGAUAAUUAAUGGGAUAAAAAAUCACCAGGGUGCUCUAAAUAUUAAAUCGAAUAUUUUGCAAUGCACAAAGGUGUUGGAGGGAAACCUAUCGAUCGGCGCACACUGCAAGCCAAGUGGCAUUGUGUGAGACUCUCCAUCUCAAUAUUUUUUUUAAAAAAAAUUAUUUAUUCAAUUGUUGGCGGAAUUGUAAAGUAAAUUUUUAAUGUUUUUGGAAAAUAGGAUGAAGGCUCUAAAAUUACAAUUAAAUUCUGUCAUUUGGAGACUUUGAACCUGAAAUUAAUUUCUACCGAUCUUUGAAAGAAUCUUUGCAAAAAAAAAAUACGAAACAAUUAUUACUAAUAAAAAUAAUUCUUCUUGUUGUACAAGAACUUACAUUUUUGUUAUAGCAGAACUUUCUACUUAUAAAAAGUGACUUUUUAAAUGUUUCGUUUGCAUAAUUUUCUUUUUUUUUUCCAAUUCCUUUUUUUUAAAUCCUUCUUGUGAAUGAAAGUGCCAUUACUUAAUGAAAACAACGGGUGCAAAAAUAAGAACAAUUAAAA